UCGAUAUAGUACACGGCAGCCUUUCCACCUGGGAUAUUUGAACGACGACGCAAGGCAGGCUGGUUUGGAGCCUGACCUCUUGGGAGCUUUCGGGGAGACGACGUGGGGGGCGCCCGUAGAUAUUGCCCAAGAUCCAAACAUUCGAGAAUGGAUGAUAGGGUUGGGGCAGGAUGGCGGUGGCGGCAACGUACUCAAACUGAGGAAGGAAAGCCUAUUGGCCCAAUCAGCGGAACGUGCUCAUCAGCUCCAGGCGGAUUCAACGAAUGCCCUCCACCAGACGACUAUAAACGCCAUAGACAUCAAAGUUCGAGUUGCGAGGAAAUCCGCGGCACAUAAGCCACGGCCGUCAAUAGAUGCAGUCGGGCAACGUCCAAUCGCCAGUAAAGAAGCCGUACGCCGAGCCAGCUGGAAGCGACUACACACGAAUAUGAUGAAGUAUUUCCGCCCACCGGAUGAUGUUUACGAACAGUUGAUGCUCCUCUGUGGUCAUCCACGAGAGCCCACCUCAAAACCUGAUGACAAGCCUGAAAGUCCUCGCUCACACAGGCAGAAAGCCAGAUCCCGUUCACGUUCAAGAUCAGCACUCCGCAAGAUCCAGCGCAUCCCCAAAUAGACUCCCGAAGUCACCCACGCAUCCUGGCAGCCCUGCCCGCACACCCUCCCACUGGUCGCCAUCAGUCCGGGGCAGCCCCGGUCCAUCUGAGAAGCAUAGUAACAAAAUCUCCGGAACCGAAGACGAGUCGGAGGACGACCUGUUCAAGGAAGACAGCGACGAAGCCGUGGAUGAAGUACCACCGAUAUAUUCGCGAUCACCUAGUGCUGAGGUAGAGAUGGACGUCGACCCUCCUGCAGCACAACCGGCGCCUGCGCCCGAAUGUUCGAUGCCCAUGCCCGCACCCGCUCAACCCCGCAUUCAACCCCCACCAUCAUCUCUGCUCUCAAUACCAUAUGCUUCCUCCCCUCCGGCACACAGCACGCCCAAAGGCGUCUCCGCCAACAUAUACACACUUCCUCCCUCCAGCUUUCCCCCAUCCAGCUACCGGCUCCCGCCCUCGCCCACAUCUUCUCCACGACUCAUACCCAUGACGCCCGCGUACCCAGUCCCAGCAGUGCGCAGAGUGCCCUUACCGCAAUACAGCCUGCUCCGUCGAGACCCAGACGCCAGCGGAGAGGGGCGGGUGCUAGUCGAGAACUCGGAUACAGCAAGCCCAGGGAGUCACCGGCCCUCGCAAAGCCAGAGUCAAAGCCAGAGCCAAGGCGGGUCCCAUAGUACUGGCCACUCGGACGGAGAUCGAUCGCAAAGUCAAGGCCAGUUUCCGUCACAAUCACAGUCGCAAUCGCAGCGCCCCUCGCAGCUCCGCAACGAGGUCGCACCCGCGGCGGAGGGCGAGCGUGAUCCCGGUAGCGGUGCUGUGGAGGGGGUCGGCGAGGACGAUGUCGUCAACGCGGCAGCAGAAGAACCAUCCGCAGACGCAAGCGAGUCGCAAGAAUCUCAGGGACAACCGCAGAGACGGUCGCAGCAGAGUCUGUCGUACAAGGGCGAUUCGCAGAGUCAAGAAGCCGCUGCGGCUGCGCCUGUGCCGGACCCUGCAAUCGAGCAGCCGGUCGAGGACGUUGCGCCUUCCGAGACGCGGGCCCUUGCGGACGAUGAACCCCCUGUGGUUGCCGACGGUAGCAGCGAAGAGCUACGGGAAGCGGGCGACCCUGUACAAGAUAACACCACCCCUGGUCAACGAUCUCUUUCUCCGAUGACGGUUGACCCGGCGCCGUCUGCGCCAGGGUGGGCUGCAAUAACAGCUGCCUCCGCCUCCGACUCAGAGGACAGCCAAACGGAGGUGGACGAACUCCUCUCAGAUCCACUCUUGAUGGCCGAUCCAGACACCCAGCCACCCAGGAGACGUGCACCCCAUCCGAAACCUACCAAGGCUACGGCGCAAAAGACGGCGCAGAAGGAGCGCGCAGAGGAGGGACGCAUGGAAGCGGACGACGCGCGGACGGCGGCCAUGAUCGAAGAGUACACGGCGAAGGUCCAGAAGGUCAUCGACGCUCGCAAGCGGAGCGCAGACACAGCAGGCACCUCUCCGAACCCGCAAGUAGCCGAGCCGUCGACUGGCGAGCCGGCCUCGAAGAGGCGCAGGACGGUGUCGAACGAGGUGGAGAGCGAGGCGGGGCCGAACGGACCUUCCCAGCCUCUUUCGCACGAUCCCGUCAUCUGGGCAGCCCCGGCGUUCAUGCAAAAGGCUAAAGCACCAGAAGCUGCCACGCCGACGAAAACGCGUCCGCCAGAAAAGGUGAAGGUGAAGGUAGAGUCAGCGUCACCACCCAAAUCCUUCGCUGCCCCGCGCGACCCCGCGCCUCAAGCCAGGAAACGAGCCGCCAGGCCGUCGUCGCCCUCCCUCGAUCGCGAGCAGUCCCCAGCGAAGAAGCGCAAAACGUCGACCGCUGCCGUCCCGGUGUCCGUGCCUGCGCUGAGUGGCAGUCGGCUGAACACGUUCACCAACACCACGCCGCCGGAUGCCCCUCUGCCUAGAAAUGUGUCUCGGGCGCCGUCUUCGCGCCCUUCGGCCCGCGCAUCGAGCACUCUCCCUCAGCCUCAGCCUCAGCCUCAGCCUCAGCCUCAGCCUCAGCCUCAGGCUCGACCGGUUGUGGGCUCAACAAGUGCAGGAAGCUCUCGCGAGGCGAAGACCGUCGAUUUACGCGCCGCGUCGCGCUCAGCUUCGCGAACGUCCUCCCGUGCUUCACGCGUUCCGGAGGAGGGAGGCUCGAGAGGGGCUACCGACGUGUCUCAUAUCGCGCGACCCGUGGCCGGACGGCUGUCAAGCAGCGCGAAGGGAAAGUCCGUGACUCGCGAAAGCAACUCAGCCGAUGUAUCUUCGCGACCCGCCGUCUCUCAGGACCUACCGUCGACCAGCCUCCCCAAGACAAACCAGACAUCUGGCUCGCGCGCAGCAGGACCUAGCUCGAAGGCUGUCAGAAAGUCACACCGUGGCUCCGCCGCUCCUGCAGAAUCGUCUCGACUCGGAGAACAGGCUCGCCCUCCGCUGCUUGGGGGCUUCAGUGUUUCUCUAGAGCCGACGCGCACUGCGGGCGGACCGCCGCUGCUCGGGUGGGAUGAGCUCUUGGAGAUCUUGCUGAAGACCGGGAAGGCGCGAUAUCACCGAGAGCAGCAGAAGGAGAGUGGUGGUCCCCUACCAGCGGGAAUAUCCCUCGGUGAAAGACGCACGGAUACAUACCUCUGGACGUGA